ACCCCUCAGUAUCCGCGCUGUGCCCCACUCCCUCCGACAAAUCCUGUCAACACUUUCCAGUUAUAUAUGAAAACCCUACAACGCGUUACACAUAACAGUAUUUCCGAAAUAAUGUUCGGGUGAUAUUAUUGGGGGUCAUCCUUCCACGAAAUUGCAUCGUAUUUAAAGGGGAGAAUAUAGAGAGAGACGCACGCAAAUCUGGUGAUCCGGAUGAACGAACAGCUGAAAAAGUAAACUACUCGCAGCAGCUUUUUGUCGCGGACAACUUCUCUGGGGCUGAGGAGACAGCUGAAGCUAUGGCUUUCUCUAUCUCUCUCAGUCUGCUCUACCUGGGCUUGCUGUGUGGGAGCGAACCGGUGUCUGCACGUGGAUCCGAGCUGUUCGCACCAGAUCCAUCCAGAGGUCCACAUUUCACCGGCUGCCGAUCCAGAGAGCAGGAGACCUUCCGCUGUUGGUGGAGCGCUGGGACCUUUCAGAACCUCACUGAGCCUGGAGCCCUCCGGGUCUUCUAUCAGACCAAAAAUGCCCUCUCUAGUGAGUGGCAGGAGUGUCCUGACUACACGUCCACCGUGGAGAACGAGUGCUACUUCAACAAGACAUUCACACACAUCUGGACCUCCUACUGCGUCCAGCUGCGCUCAGUCCCUCAGAAUAUAACCUAUGAUGAGGACUGCUUUACAGUGGAAAACAUAGUGCAUCCUGACCCACCAAUUGGGCUGAACUGGACUCUACUGAACAUCAGUCGCUCCGGGUUGCACUUUGAUGUUCUUGUGCGUUGGGCUCCGCCUCCAUCCGCAGAUGUGCAGAUGGGAUGGAUGAGCCUUGUGUACCAGGUUCAGUACCAAGUCAGGAACAUAUCCCAUUGGGAGAUGCUGGAACUGGAAAGUGGCACACAGCAGUCUAUCUAUGGCCUGCACACUGACAAACAGUACGAAGUUCGAGUGCGUUGCAAGAUGUCAGCCUUUGAUAACUUUGGUGAAUUCAGUGACAGCAUCAUUGUGCGUGUAGCACAGAUACCAAGCAAAGAAUCCUUGUUCCCAACAACAUUGGUGUUGAUUUUUGGAGUGGUAGGGGUGCUGAUCCUUCUUGUCCUUUUAAUCUUCUCCCAGCAGCAGAGGUUGAUGGUGAUCUUUUUACCACCUAUUCCCGCACCUAAAAUUAAGGGCAUUGACCCAGAGUUGCUAAAGAAUGGAAAGCUUGACCAGCUAAAUUCCUUGCUGAGCAGCCAGGAUAUGUACAAGCCUGACUUGUACCAUCAAGACCCAUGGGUGGAGUUCAUCCAACUAGACCUGGAUGACCCUGCUGGGAAGAACGAGAGUUGUGAUACACAGCAUCUGCUGGGCUUGUCCCACUCUGGCUCCUCUCACGUCCUCCAUUUCAAAAGCAACAAUGAUUUGGAUCAUGCCAGCUGCUACAACCCAGAAAUCCCAGACACUGAGGACUUGCAAACUGCAUCCCUGCUGCAUGGUCAUUCUGGUCGGGGCGAGCACCGUCCUCUGGUCUCUAGGAGCAGCUCGUCCACCCCUAGUCUUCAGCAGACAUCUGAAGGGGUGGAGACACCCAUUCAAACACAACCCACUGUCCCAAGCUGGGUUAAUAUGGACUUUUACGCCCUAGUAAGUGAUUUCACACCUGGAGGCGGAGUGGUGCUCUCGCCCGGACAACUGAACAUCUCUCCAGAGAAGAAGAAAGAGGAAGAGGUGAAGAAGAAAGAGGAAGAAGACAUGAAGAAAAUGGAGAAGUUCCAGCUUCUUUCCGAUGGAGCUUACACCUCAGCCGCUGAUGUGCCCUCCAGCCCUGCUCCUGAGCAAGGAUACCAAGCAUUCCCACCCCAGGCUGUUGAGGGGAAUCUCGGCUGGAAUGGAGAGUACUUGGCUUCUCCCAGUGAGUCCCAAACACCGGAUCUUCUGCCUGAAGCUCCACCAGUAUCAGACUAUACUGUAGUGCAUGAGGUGGACGCCCAGCACAGUCUGCUCCUGAAUCCCUCUGCCCCACAGCCAGCGGUCUGCUCAUACAGCCCAAACAAACACCUCCCAGCCAUGCCCAUGGGUUACCUUACCCCAGAGCUCCUGAGCAAUCUGAUCCCAUGAAAAUUGCCCCUCUGCAGGGAGUAGAAAGAAAUUAGUUGGUGAUCUUGUUCUACCUUUUUUACUGCUGGAAAACAAAGUUGCUUGAUGGCGAAACAUGGGAUAGAAAUUCCGUCACUGUUUUGGUGGAAUUCUGCAAAUGUUUUGAUUUAUGGGUUUUUUCUGCUGUAGGUUACAUUGCGGACAGAGGUGAAAGUGUUUCUCAUCUAGUAGCGUUUAUUAAAGGGAUAGUAUACAAAUUUGGUCAUCAUUUACUCUCCCUCAUGUUGUUCCAAACUCUGUAUGACUUUCUUUCUUCAGUGGGACACAAAAGAUGUUAGUUUUCAAUUUCUUUCAUACAUACAAUAAAAGUGAGUGAUGACUGAGACUGUCCUUCUGUCAUUUCUAUUUUGUGUUUCACGAAAGAAAAAAGUCUUAAAGGUUUGGAAAGACAUGAGGGUGAGUAAAUUAUGACAGAAUUGUCAUAUUCAUGUAGUAGUGCCAGAAAGGGAUCUCAGUGAGAGAGUUUAAAAGUGUUAUGAAUUUAAAAUCAGAAAUAUCGGCUGGUUCCAUAAAAAAAAAAAAAAAUAAAUAAAA